CAAUCCCCAACUCGACCUCCCUCGAUCUGCCGUACACCCUACCAUCGCGCCGCUGCCGUCGCUGCCGCUCGCCUCGGCCCCCGUCCCGGACCUCACGCUGCACGGCGCCUCCUCCCCGCGCCGACGACCUCCCCUUGCUCCGCCUCUUCUUCCUGUCCGGCUAGAACCACGGCGCAUGGCCUCUCACGCUCCCUCGCGACCCUCAGCCAUGGCUAGGGUUUCAGGCUGGGCAGUGCCUUCACCGCCGGCGCGGCUCCGGUGGAUUCCGACGGCUCCUCUCCGUCUCCUCCCUCGCCCUCACAUGUGGUUAUGCUUCCCACUGGCCACGAGGUGCAGCCUUGCAGGGGCACAUCGGGCUGGGCCUCCUCUGCUUCCAGUGAACGGUUCACUGAGAUUGUUGGAAGUCCUUAUUACAGGCUCCAGAUGUGUACAUUGGCAUGAUAUCUAAGAGAAACUAUGGCCAAGAGGUUGAUGUUUGGAGUGCAGGAGUGAUUCUUUACAUCCUUCUUUGCGGUGUCCCUCCAUUCAGGGCAGGUGGUCGUGGGCGUGGCCGCGGGCGGUCUGCUGGUCGUCGUGGACGAGCCACUGGCCGUGGAGGUUCUAAUAUAGGGCGUGCUCCUGUUUCUGAUCAUGUUGCUGCUUGCCGGGUGCCUGCCGCUGGAGAUGAGCCUCGUGACAGGCGUAGGGGUGUGAGUUGGUGCGCGCCUGCUGCUGGAGCUGAGCCUAUCGCCAGGCGCGGGCGUGGCGCUCGGCGGGUGCCUGCUGCUGGGCAUGGCGCCAUACCUCGCUCAAGUGGUAGGGGUGUUCGUGGCCGUGUCCCUGGUCGUGGUGCUGAUCCUGGGCAUGCAGCCGCUGCUAUACAUGUGCCUGUCCUUGGUCGUGCUGCUGAUCCUGGGCACGACGCCGCUUCUGUGCAUAGAAAAUUCAUCUCUGCUGUCAACCAUCUUGGAAUUGACAGUGUGCCGAAAAGGAUACUUGAGCUCAUGAAUGUUGAGAAACUCACUAGGGAAGAUGUUGCAAGUCAUCAACAAGCAAGCCACUUAAUUAACUUUCUUGUAGUUAUCAGCAGAUCAGUACCGUGUGCGUUCCAUACUUGCCGAGCUUUAUAUGUACUGCAGCCAGCAGCUAGGCAUACAGAGAUAAUACUUAGAAAAAGUUAUAACUAAGAGUUAACUUUUGCUGUGUGUGGCUCUACGCAUUAUAUAUUCUGCAACUUCUAUUAUGUUUUUUUUGAGAAAACGCAAGGGACCUUUGUGUUUCAUUUCAUUGAGAAGGGAGUGGAAAUGAUACAUGUUUCUAGCAACAAGAAAAAGUGACAUGCCAUAUCUAUGGAUCUUACUCCAUGGGGUAUCCAUCAACGUAUGAUGUUUCACAAGGAAAUGAGUUUCCUGCAUUCUCAUGUUAAAAAGAAUUAUAAAGAAACCAAGCAGAAUAUGAUGUCAAAGUUUUAAGUUAUUAUUGGGUUCGUCCACCAAUCAAGGUUUGCCGAAAGUUAUCAACUUCUGCUUUGUAUCAUGCAUUUCUGUUUGUGCAAGAAAUCCAAUUGAAAUUUGUCUGUUGUCGUUCGCAUGUACUUUCUUUUGUUGCUUAUAUAUAUUUCAACCACUUACUUAUGUUGUCUCUAAAUCAUUUUCGACGACUCAGGUUGACCACACUAUUGUGAUAUUCUUGGCCAGGAUCACUUUAUAUCA